AUCGUUUGUCCUUUCCACUCGCGCUCGGUGUACUAGCUGCAUCAUAUUCAAGAUGUCGGCGGUGUCUGUGUAUCCCAUGUGUGUCCGGGCAAGCCGGGGCCUCCUCAGACUGAGACAGGGUGUUAGCGGCUCCACAGCCCCUGUGGUGCUGGAUGUUGUCAGGGCUCUCUCCGCUGACACAUCUAGUAACGGUGCCACAGGAGGACUGGCCCAGGCAAUACUGCAAGAAAGACUUGAGCAGCAGCAGAAAAGCCAGGGCCAGCCUCCUCCAGAGGGUGAUGACUCUGGUCACAAGAAAAAUGAACAGGGUGAGGACAAGAAACAGAAGGAGAACACAGCAUAUGCUAAGAAGAUGGUCCUUCGGUUAGCAGGAAUUAUGGGACUUGGAAGCACCGUCGGCAUAGUGUACAUAUUCGGUAGCAAUUCUGUGGAUGAACAAGGAAAUAAGAUUCCAGACGAGUUUGAUAAUGAUGUUCCUGUCAUCCAGCAGCUCAGAAGAACCUUCAAAUAUUUCAAAGAUUACAGACAGAUGAUCAUCGAGCCCACAAGCCCAAAGCUUCUCCCAGACCCUCUGCGAGAACCCUAUUACCAGCCUCCAUACACUCUAGUGCUGGAGCUCACCGAUGUCCUCCUCCAUCCAGAGUGGUCGUUGGCCACGGGCUGGCGUUUUAAGAAAAGGCCUGGUAUAGACUACCUAUUCCAGCAACUGGCCCCGCUCUACGAGAUAGUCAUCUUCACAUCAGAGACGGGCAUGACGGCGUACCCCUUGAUCGACAGUAUAGACCCUCAAGGAUUUGUGAUGUACCGGCUCUUCAGAGAUGCCACACGCUACAUGGAGGGCCACCAUGUUAAGGACGUGUCUUGUUUAAACAGAGACUCCUCUAAAGUCAUUGUGGUGGACUGUAAGCGCGAGGCCUUCGGUCUGCAGCCUUUCAACGGCUUGGCGCUGCGCAAGUGGGAUGGCAACUCAGAGGAUCGCACGCUCUACGAUUUGGCUGCUUUCCUUAAAACUAUAGCCAUCAGCGGAGUGGAGGAUGUCCGUUCUGUACUAGAGAACUACGCUCAUGAGGAAGACCCCAUUGAAGCCUUCAAAAGAAGACAAGCACAGCUUGCACAGGAAGAAGAACAGAGACUUUCAGAACUUUCGCAACAGAAGAAACAAGGAUUUUCUUUAGGUACCAUCGCAGGGCGUUUCUGGUCCCGGAAGCAGCAGUGAGGACUCGUCCUGCUCACACCCACCCGAAACGGUCCCACCUGCGGACUGUGAUCAGCCAUUGAGAUGAGGGUCACAGUCAAACAGGUGGACAGUGGGAGCAGAAGGGCAUGUGUGGAGAAACAUCAAACAUCGGCUACACCGAAGAGAUGCUACCUUCCAAAAGACGUUCCAUUCCAAUGGAAAACAGCACUUCCUGGACAGCAGACUCGCAGAUAUGGUGCCCUAAUAUAUGGUCUCGCUGAUUAGAAAUUGUUUUAGGGUGGUUGGACCAGUUUCUGUCCACUUCUUGGCUCCCUUAUCUCUGCAAGAGCAAAGAGCAUAACACCACGUGAACUGAAAAACUGACGCUGUUUCCAUCGAGUAGAUCUUGUUUUAAAUCCAUAACUGAUGCUGUAGGCAAUAGCCUGAUAUUAGACUUCAAAAAUGUCUGCUCGGCACACGCCGCGUGACGCAAUCACGCUGCUAGCGAGACUGUCUUUGUCAUGGUGAUACUGUUGCAGUGUGUUGAGGAGAACCUCUCAAAUAAAGAGCUCAAUCUGGUGCUAUUUCUCUUCAUGACAGAAAUGGCCCAUCGUGUCUGAGGAUGUGCUUGUGGAAUGUUCUUUGUAUUGCUUUUGUUGUGAAACACCCAGAAUAUCACCAAUAAACAAACCAUAAUGUGUAA